AUGAAUCUGGCAAGCUACCACUAUUCGGAAUUGUUACACACCAAGCACACGUACACUACACACCCAUACAGUGUAAACCAACCAUUAUGCUACAGGGACUUGAAUUACAGGGAUUUUAAUAUUCACCAUGUUUUGGAAAUUGCGUUCCUGGAACGCAGCACCCUCGCCCUCCUUGUGCACUAUGACUUCAAUGACAAGAUCGUCCAGCUCUCUACAAACAUUGGUGUAUCUAUAAAGACCAAUUUUGAUUCUUUGGAUCAUCGGAUUAUUACUGAUCCAGCACACGCCUAUAAACCCGAAGAUGAAUGCCCACAACUUGCAUAUAAGCUACACCGCCAACGUCUCCUAGCCCUCUGUCUUCGUCUCCCUCUCCCGUCUGCCUUGUCCAGUAUUUGGAAGACCGAAAUCUUUUGUCUGGGCUUCCAGGCAGAGCCACUGGCAUGGUGA